AAACCAUUGGGUCACAGUCUACCCCUCAGUUGUUUAGAGUUGAAGUAGCGUUGAGGUCACUAAACCAGUAAACCUGAACACAAGGGACAAUCAGAAAACGUCCAGGAUGAGGGCAGUAUUACUGGCUCUGUGUUUUAUUCCUGUCAUUUUUGCAGCCUCUUUAACUAAAUUAGAGCAGGACCUUGACGCUGCAGCUGUUGAUGUUGAUACUGAGGCUGAACCUGAACCUGAACCCAUUGCUGAACCCUAUGAUACUGACGAAGAGAAUGACCUAACCCCAGAAGAAAUGCUAGUUUCACUUUUUGGAGAUGAUGAUAGGACGUCUCGAGAUGUAGAUGUAGUGGAUGAGGAUGAGGAUGAGAACCUCAAUGCUGUUGAUGAUCCGGAACUAUCUGAGGAUGAAUCAAUGGCUAAAUAUAUUCAGGACACAGACCCAAGUGAGGUAAAGAGAUUUAACGACUAUAUGGAUGCUAUAUAUAGAAGAAUGAAUGCAGCUCUGAGAGCAAAACUUAUGGAUCCAAUGGUUUUAAACCUGGAGGGGAACAAGAAAGAAAAGGUUAACAAGGAUGAGAAGAAAGAGAAGAAAGAAAAAUUGAAGAAGAUGACAAAGAGAGAAGCAGUCGAGGAGAAAGAAGAUGAAGAGAAUGAAGAAGAUGAAGUAGAUGUUGACAGAAAAGGAAACCCCGCAGGAGAGAAGAAAAAGGGAGGAAAUAAGAAAAAAGGAAACAAGAAAAAUAAAAACAAGAAAAAAGGAAACGAAAAAAAAGGAAACGGAAAAGGCAAAGAAAAGGAAAAAGAAGAAAAGGGUAAGAAGGGAAAACUGUCAGAUGAAGAAAAGGCGGCAAAGAAAGUAGAAAGAGAUAAAGCAAAGGGGGAAAGACAGAGGGCAAAGGCGGCUAAAAAUGAAAUGAAGGAAGGCAAGAUGAUGAAACCAAAGGGAAAGGGAGAAAGAAAAACCAAAAAGAUGAACCAGGAAGAGCAUACAGAGCAAAGAAGCCAUCACCAUAACAAAAAAGCUGAAGGAAAGAAAAUGGGAGGACCUCAUCGUAAAAGCGGAAAGGCUGAGAAUAACAAGAACGGAAAGGGAAAGAAGGAGUCAAAACAAGGAAAAAUGAAGAACAAGGAUGUUGAAAAAAUUGUCGGAACUCUUACUGGAAUAGCUUCACUAAGGAGAGAAGAACAAGUUGAAAUCUUCAGCGCUGAAGAUCAUAAAAUGAUCCAAUCUACUUUCACCGUUGGACCCCUUACUCUUGAUGUUACCAAAACGAGUGGACGAGGACAAGAGAGAAGUGAAAAAUCCGCUAACGCCAAAACAGCUGUCUUGAAGGGAAAAAUGAAGAUUAAGGUCAAGGCAGAUGGGUCAGCUCACGUAAAAUCUGUCGUCUUCGAAAAACCCGACCAGAUUGAGGUAGCUGGCAACUUGGGAAACCAGAAGCGCUCAGACAACAUCCUAAAGCAGUCUGUGCGCUCAAUGCGUUCUGUUGCCGCGCAACGUGUCCUGAAAAUGGCGCGAUUUGUCCUCAAGUCUGGUGCUACAAUUGCCCAGUAAACGAUUUGUCCUCAAGUCUGGUGCUACAAUUGCCCAGUAAAAUGUGAAACACACAUCUGUGUUUUCUGAAUCUCACAAAAAAAAACUAUUUGUUUUAUUGCACUGUAUUUACAUAAUUUAUACCACACUUAUUUGCUCAUUGCUUUUGUUAAUAAAAUAUAAAAGAACAAGA